AUGGGGGAGAAUAUUGAUGAUUUUGAUCUUCCACAGAUAAAUGAAAAUGUCGAUUUAGAAUCUGGAGUUUUUCAUGAGAAAUUUGCAUAUGAUGAGAUCAUGUGGCAUGUCCAUAAUGAUAUUCCUGGAGUGUUCUUCAUAGACGGUCCUGGUGGAACAGGAAAAACAUUUUUGUACAAAGCUCUACUUGCUAAUAUUCGUUCGUGUGGUCGUAUUGCACUUGCAACCGCUUCAUCGUGUGUUGCGGCUAAUAACAUGCGUGUAGGGAGAACAACUCACUCUUGCUUUAAAAUUCCUCUCAAUCUUGAAAAUAACUCAGUCUUCAUGAUUUCAAGACAAAGUGGUAUUGCUCAACUACUUCGGAUUGAAAAGGUAAUCGUAUGUGACGAAGCGUCGAUGGCUAAAAGACAUGCAUUGGAGGCGGUUGACCGUACAAUGAAAGAUAUCACUGGGGUGAUGAUCCAAUUUGGUGGAAAUAUAAUGGUUUUGGGAGAUUAUCUGUUACGUGUCGGUGAUGGAGUUGAAGAAACAGUGCAUGAAAACUUUAUCCGUAUCCCUGAUGAUAUGACCUCAUGCCUUCAUCCCGAUCACCGCCAUCCUUCCCGAUAUCGCUCAACCUUCGUGACCCCUUCAAACCCUAAACUAAAACCGUAUAGAAGCAGAUUUGAUGGUACGACGUGUAAAUUGAACGUUGUAGGAAAUCGAGGAGAAAGUAAAGGGGAAGAUGAAGUGCUGGAAGCCAAUCUAGUUGGUGGUCUUGCUUAUUAUGUUACUGCACCUUCUCAAGGUAAUGACUGACACUAUUCCAUAUUUCCAUUACAUUCACAUUCCUUGAUUUGUGAUGAUUUAUUGUUAUUCUGAUGUAUUGAUUUGGAAUCCAAUUCUAGGUUGUUUGUGCCUUUUUAUUUUUCAUCAACG